ACGAUGAGUAAUUCACCGUUGAACCGGGAUCAAGUAAGCCGGCUUCUUUGAGGUUCUGUCGGCGUUGUUGUACAGUAAACUGUAAAUUGUCGCCGUUCGUCCCGUGCCGUGCCGGUAGUAGUUGGUUUCCGCUUCACAACUCCCGAUUCUACCAGUCUACUCAUCCGCCAUGUCCGAUCCUCGCUUGCGCCAGCUGACGAUUAAAACAGGUGUAGUGAAGCGCCUCUCGAAGGAAAAGGUCGUCUACGAAAAAGAGGUCGUCACGCAGCAGAACCGGAUCGAGAAACUAAAGGCAGCCGGUUCCGAUGACCAUGUGUUACGGAAGCAGGACGAAGUACUGCAGGAAUCGAUGAUGAUGAUACCGGACUGCCAGCGGCGAUUGGCCAAAGCACACCAGGAGCUGUCGGAGAUGAUCCGCGACGAAGAGGAGCUAAAAGAGACGGCACAGUACCAAGCAGCAAUAGCGGUGCUAGAGGAAUCGAAAGUGAAUCUGCCGCAGAAAGUUACGGGUUAGGUGGAGCAUUCGGAACAGAUGAAAUGAUUAAGAACUUAUUUUUAAGAAAACUAGCGCACUUAUUAAGCUACUAAUAGGAACGAUAGCAUCGCCGUGUCUUACAAUUCUUUCAGUAAGGAACGAGUGCCAU